UGUCAGACAUCUGUGGUCCAAACUCAAUCUGCAACAACACUGUUGGGAGUUACAAUUGCUUGUGCAUGAGUGGAUAUAAUGUAACAGAUCAAAACCUCCCUAUAAACAGCAAUAACACAUGCAAAGAUGCAGAUGAAUGUUUGUUCAGUCCAUCUGUAUGUGGUCCAAAUUCCAUCUGCAUGAAUGUAAUGGGAAGUUAUAAUUGCUCAUGUUUUUAUGGAUUCACUGCGACAAACUCAAGUCUCCCCAUCAGUACUGAUAACACAUGCAGAGAUGUGGAUGAAUGUGUUGAGAUACCACACAUCUGUGGUCCAAACUCAAUCUGCAACAACACUGUUGGGAGUCACAAUUGCUCGUGCAAGAGUGGAUAUAAUGUAACAGAUCCAAACCUCCCUAUAAACAGCAAUAACACAUGUGAAGAUAUAGAUGAAUGUCUGUUCAGUCCAACUGUAUGUGGUCCAGAUUCCAACUGCUCAAAUGAAAUAGGAAGUUAUAAUUGCUCAUGUCUGGAUGGAUUCACUGCAACAAACUCAAGUCUCCACAUCAGCAUCAAUAACACAUGUAGAGAUGUGGAUGAAUGUGUUGAGAUACCAGACGUCUGUGGUCCAAACUCAAUCUGCAACAACACUGUUGGGAGUUACAAUUGCUCGUGCAUGAGUGGAUAUAAUGUAACAGACCCAAACCUCCUAUAA